UAGUACUCGCGAGUUCAGAUUAAUUUUUUGGGUGAAAACGUACUCCGAACCAGCCGAAAAGUAUUAUUUGUGGUAGCCGGAAGUGCGCUUGACUUGUUUACGGUAUUUUUGCCCGCAGGCUCCCGGAGAUAUCGGAUUAAAUUUAGAUUUUUCCUGAUCAGCCUCCAUUGGUGAAGAAGUUUCUUGCUGACAUUUUUUUCAUUUACCCUCCCUCUUGCGUUCACACUGCUGCAGGCGUAAAGUGUGUUGGAGUCAGCAUUUUAGUGUUUGUGUGGUUUGAAUUACUUCAUUGUGGCGCUUGGUGGUAGUUGUUGCGUCAGUUUGCAUCGCAUCCAGCAGCGGAACGGUCACCGCGACUCUCCCUCGCUUUUGCCAUCGUUGGUUGGCUGACAUAGGCUCGCGCCAGGUGUGUGAGUGAUCCGUUCCGUUUAUACAUUACAUCCAGUGUUGCGUAUCGUGAUCGCGCGUUUCAUUCAAAACUGCAUACAUUGUGUUAUUACUGGUGCGUGUCAGUGUUGGUGUUUAUAGGUUUUCUCUUUCAUGCAACCCGGACUACAGGAAAAGAAAAAAAGGAACGAAUCCAUCCAUCGUUCAUCAAUCGAAAAAGUGCGGUGUCCCGUUUUUCUUUUAUCCCGUCGGCUUCGCUGUUUGUGCGAUAUUUUGCUCGGCGAGUCAUCGCAGUUCCGACGUUAUCCCAUAAUCUGGGAGCGGGCAGUGGCGUGGAGAAACUAAUUGACUUGAAUCGCUGAAGAGUAAUUUCAGCAGUUGGGUUGGACAGAAAUCCUUGCAGAAAAUAAAGGGUUCCACGUUUAUUACGGCUGGGUGCUAAAUAAAACCAGAAGAUUCAAAUUCUUGUUUGAGCGCUGAUGUCGUGCGCUGGAAUUGCUUUUCUAGAAGUUCCAUAGCAGUGUGGUUGUGCGCAGCUAAUAUUGGCCACGGGAACGAAAUUACGCUGGUGGAACCUGGCAGCCACGAUGUCGGUGCAGCAGUACUGUCUACGUUGGAACAAUCACCAGCCGAAUUUUAUCUCCGUCUUCUCGACCUUACUGCACAAUGAAAGCCUGGUGGACGUUACCCUUGCCGCCGAGGGCCGACAGUUGCAGGCUCACAAGGUGGUACUGUCGGCGUGCAGUUCAUACUUUCAGUCUCUUUUUACCGCCAAUCCCUGCCAACAUCCGAUCGUGAUACUGAAAGAUGUACAGUACAACGACCUUAAAACGAUGGUGGAUUUCAUGUACUACGGGGAGGUAAACGUAUCCACCGAGCAGCUGCCACAGGUGCUAAAAACAGCUGAGAUGCUGAAAAUUAAAGGGCUAGCUGAAAUGCCAGAUGCUUCGGCAGUCUGUAAGGCCGACCCCAGCAAACUAGAUCAUCCGGAUCUAGUGGGUGCCGGACUUGGCCCGGGUGGAACGGGCGGCCCGGAGUCGUUAUGGGGCAGUGCAGAAUCUCAGCAGCAGCAAGCAGCCGCGCAGCAGCAGCAACAGCAGCAGCAAACGCAGCAACAGCAAUACCAUCAGCAGCUACAAGCCCAACAAACCCAGCUGCGGAGGACACCCUCGCCCACCACCAAUAUGUCCCCGGCGGCGCGGCGGAAGCGACUGAGAAAAACGUCCACUGGUUCGGGAUCGCUCUCUACUGAACGAAUGCAGCAACAGCAGCACCAUCAACAGCAGCAACAGCAGCAGGAAGAACACGGAACCAAUAAUGAUGGCACGAUAAACAUCGUACCACAUCUGCAUAUACAGCAACAGGUUGAUAACAUAUCGUACAGUACCAGCCAUAGCGCGCUGGCAUCGUUGGCAGGAGCUGCCGGUGGAUCCGGUAACAAUAUUCGAAUAAUCAAGGAAAGCCCUAGCUCCGACGUCGAUCAGCAGCAGCACGAAUCAUCGCAGGAAAGUGUGGACGAUACAGGACAUCAUAUUCCGAGCAUCAUUAAAACGGAAGACUUAAGCGGUGUGACGCAAACGAUACCGAUGGAUAUUUCCGCAACGUCUAGCAGUGUUGCAGCGGUGAAUAUUCCCCAAUCGCAAUCUCAGCACAGUGUUGCAGAAAUGGCUAAGAUUGCUCUUGGUCUUACAUCCGGCCAAUCUAGCAGUACGAGCGGCACGUCAACGAUGUCGGCCAGUGUGGAAUCGUCGUCAUCGGGAAGCGCACUGACGGCAGUCAAACGUGGCCGCCUGCUGAUCCGUCAGCAGCGAAUCAAGAAAGAAAGUGAUUCAUCUUCGUCUGGACAACACUACGGAUCCGAUCUAGACACACCGGAUGGGGGACCAGUAUACUCGCCAAAUUUGCUCGCAGUUCCGGGACACCAUCGUUUCGAACGGCAAAUUUCAGAACCGAUCAUUUCAUCUGCACCCACUGGCGCUUCCCCGGAAAUACGAUCCGUGGGUGUCGACAGGCCUCACGCUGGACAUCUGCUGAGCGUACCACAGCAAGCUUACCUUGUCAAACAACAUUCCCAUCCGCUGCUACCUAGCCAAACCGCCGGUUCCCUCGGAACGCAUCAAACGUUCCAAGCGAUUUCGUCUUAUUCGUUACAACGUCAGCUCUCUCAUCCGAUAACUACCGUUCAAAGCUCAACCCCGCUUACUCUUCUUACCAGCAGUAGCGGCGCUACACACUACGUAACGCCUUCGUCCGUUAAAACCGAUUCAGACGACGAAGGAACUGCAGUCGCCAGCAUCCCACAGAUCCAUCUUCAGUCUGACCGAACAAUGAGCCCAACAGUGGUUAUUGUUCCCGAAGGAGAAUCUUUGCCGCAGCACCAUACGGCUUCGAGCAAUAGCAGUAACGCUUCAUCUAUUACCACCACUACUGCAGCAACAAACCCAACCGCAACUACCACGAGUAGCUCUGUAGCUCUACUAGCCGAUUUGGCCACACCUCAUAGCGCAAUUCGCGUUAAAGGAGAAGAGCUAUCUCGUUCUGCAUCAUCUCCAUUGACAACUUCUCGUUCAGCGGAUAUCCCUGGGCUGGACAGCCAGCGGUCAAGUCAUUGUCCGGUAGUGCGAGAGGGACCAGCAUUGGGUUGUAACUUCUGCUGGAACACAAUUGAUGCUCAUGGACGCAUUUUGCGACGAAAAACCAAGUACCACUGCCCCGAAUGUCAGACCAAUCUCUGCAUUGUACCGUGUUUCCAAGAGUACCAUGAGCGUCAAUCUGCCGAAAAUCCUGCUCCUACUAGUAACGAUAGUUCCGGCCAAGGUGUUAGCGGGAGCAGUAAGUCGGGCCUGAGAAAUUACCCCAAGUCAGGAUCGAUGUAAAGUUUGUUGUAUUUGCACUGAAAAGUGACCGUUGGUGAUUUAUUGUUCGUAGGAGAUAAUGUUCCCAAUUUGCGUGUUGCGCUCACCGAAACACACCGGAUCGCUCCCCCGAUCUCGGGCUCGGGCCCCGAAAGCUCGGAGCACCGUGAUCGCAUUACAGUUUGUCGGUGGAGUGAACGGGAAAUUAAUUUGAUUUUUUGGCAAAAGCCCUCCGAAUCCUUUGAAUGGGAGGCAAACGAUACUAAAAUGAAUCCCGUUGGAGAAAAAAAAAACGUAACGAAGCCUUAAUUUUUGGUGGAAAUUUUGAAGUAAAAAAACAUGUAACUUUGUGAAAGUUACGUUUAUGAUGUGUGUAGGUAGAAUUACCAAUCGGUGUUGAUAUAGUAAGUAUUUAGGAACGUGACAUUUUAAUUUGAAGUGCAGUUUUUUCCAAUUAAGUGGAACGGUUGAGCUGUGCUUCAACCGCAACAGUGCGUUCUCUUGGGUAGGUAUUGUGUUGUUUUAGUUCAAGAUCUUACUUAAAAUUUAGAUGUUUCACAAAAUGAAAAAAAAAAAAACAAAAAAAUGUUUUAGGCCUGGUGUCCCGUUUUUUGCAUUAAAUUGUUUUAUGCGUGUAUUCGAUCGAUAACCGGAGACGUGAUAUUUUCACGUUUGUUCUCAAUAACUUUAUGUUGGUCGUAGAAAGUGUUGUCAGGAAUCCUUCUCCCAUACGCUGACUUUCUUCUAUCAAGAAACACGGACGCCAAAUUUGAUUGAGAAUGGUCCAGGCAUUCCAGAGCCAUGGCGGAAUCUACAUACAAUCAUACAUACAUUGACAUUUAUAUAAAUGUAGAUGAUAGACGUUUCAACGUAAUAGGUGAUGGUACAGAAUUUUACGAAGAAUCAAAAGUGAAGCUGGAUGAAAAAGUACUUUAAAACACAAAUCUGCAAUGAAACGACAAAAUGUGUCACAGUAUCAUACGAACCAACCGGACAUAUUUUUUCCUGCAUUACUAUGAGGUGUUCAAUGAAUACUAUCACAUCAAUACUGUUGAAUUUAACGCUUUCAGUAGGUAUUUUUUAAGAUUUGAUGUUAUACAAUUAAUAUAACUUUGUGUCUAUUCAAUUGGAUUUUGAAUGACGCGAAAGUUGAGAAGCAUUUAAUGUAGGAUAAUACGUUCGUGGUACUCAGAAGUCUGACUGCGUUUGAGUAGACGAGCAAUAACCAUCUUCACGAUUUUGCAUACUAUCGGCGGGUACAUGCAUCUAGUUAUUUAUACUUUGCAGUGGAUUGAAUAACAAUAUUUCCGUAUAAAAACUAUAGCAAAAUGGCAGCCAUGUGACGAACGAUAAGCUAAGCACGGCCGUUAGCAAAGCAACAGCAAAUGAUGUUAUGGUCCUGCAAAUACGGCGCCGUAAAAGGGUACAUCGGUUGCUUCAUUCAGGUUGUUGAAAAGUUCGAAAACUAUGGAAAGGUUGGUUUUGUGGCUCGAUAAUUGUGUUACUUAGAAUUAAAAUUAAAACGUCUUCUUUGAUCAGAUAAUUAAAAUCGAUUAAAGUUGAGAAAAUCGUAAGUACGGAAAGCGAAGUCGAACGUAGAAGCGUUAGAUACGCCAUCGAGCCAUUCCUUUCCUCGCAUGUUCAACAUGUCAGUGUGUUUUGAAUAAAAUUAAGUCUUGUUCAUGUGCAGAGCUGGUUCAUAAAUUAGUGACGAAAAAGUAUCAUUACCAAUUUCCCUACAGUAUCAGCGUCCCGACAGAAAAAAAUCUGCGAUAACUUUAAUUUAAAUCAGCAUUUAAAAUGGACAGAUAAAUCACAGGAUACUGACAGCUUAUAAAAAGUGUAUUUAUUCAUGACGAUCGACGCGAAAUUACAUCAUGAUAGUAUGAAGAGAUGGGUUUGCAAUAAAUCACCAUUUACCGCUGCGCAACCAUUCGCCAUUUGAAGUCGAAAAUGAAUUUUCGGUAGAAAUGGCGGUUAGCGGAUAUCGAUGUGACACUGAAUUGAAAGUUGGCGGUUAUUGGCUUACCGUAUUACAUGAACACCAUUGCAAUAAUUUUGGCAAUCCAGCUUUUUACGAGCCAUAAUGACGGACCGUAUACUCUGUGUUUUGCAAUUUCCUAAAUACAUCGCACGUUUUCUUUUCGCACGUUCACGGUAAAACUAAAGGAACGUGCGAAAAAAAAUCAUUUUUGAAACAAGUAUUACAGAUUGUUGAUGAUCACAAGCUGAAACUCGUUUACUAUAAGAUUCUAUUGACUUUGUACGUCUCCUCCUCCCUAAUUGCUGAUAAAGUGUCUCCAGCUCGCGGUUCAUCCGCUUCCGCCACUCUCCGUUUGUACUCCGCCAAAAAUAGUUUGGCAACACCUUUCGUUCAAAUACAGCAAGUACACUUUUAUCUUCCGUAAGUAAAGUUAUAGUUUCAAGUCCGUUGAAGGUUACCGUUCUGAUUAGUGCUUUGUACAUUGUCAGCUUUAUACAAGGUCUGG